AUGCCCUGUCUAGCACCUGAUACCGUCAACACGGCGAAGAAGUUCUUCAAGGGCCUCUUCGGCAAAAAGAAGAAGGAAAAGAAAGAAGACAAGCCCGCUGCUGAAGCCCCCAAGCCCACCGAGACCACCCCGCCAGCUCCCGCUCCCGAGGCCGCUCCGGCGCCGGUCGCGACAACUGUUGAGGAGCCGAAGCCUGCUGAGCCAAAGCCAGCGGAGGGCGCGGGUGCCCCGAACUCUCCAGAGGUCCAGGCACUCGCUGAGGUCAAGAAAGCUACAGACGCGGCUUCCCCGACGCCCGCUGCUGCUAGUCCUGUAGCCGCAGAGGCGGCUAAGCCUGCUGAACCUUUACCAGCUCCUGCCACAAGUUCUGAGACUCCCGCCGAGACGAAGGCUGCCGAACCCGCCCCGCCUGCUGUUCCAGCUGUCAACCCGGCCCCUGGGAUGUCAGCGACCUCAGGCCCCUUGGACGACCAUCCAGCUUGGGAGACGAAGCCAGAGGAGGCGAAAUAA